AUGACAACUAUCUCAAAAGAACUGAGACACACAGAGAUCAACCAAGAGAUCCUGGGACUUCUACGAUCAACCAACGAAAGACUCGACCUGGGGUUGCCUCUCGACCAAAUAGAGCUUCUUUGUGGACCUUGUAUCGCCAAAGUCAAGGACUUGGUCACGGAAUUCGAGCUGCUGCCAAAACGUCUCGAUGAGUACUUGCAACAACAUGUUGAUGUAUUGAGCUGUAUUUACUUUAAAAGCGAACCAGGCUCGGUGUUGGCCUCCUUAACAUCCAGCUGCUUCUACCAGCUUUGCGUGGUUCGAAGUUAUAAGCAUGUGGUGGGGUUCUUAUCUAAUGACGUCAGUCUAGGCCAGACACUUAUCCUGAGGAUCCAGAAUAAAGGUAUUGGGGAAUUUGAAACGUACUUGCUUCUUCUCUGGCUUGCUUCGUUUACUAUGGUGCCGUUUCCUUUGGAAAAUAUACGCUCGGGGCUUCUGCUGUUCUUGUAUGAUGUUUCUAUUGAGAACCUACAGAAGUAUGGAAGUGCCAGUAUGACCCAGAAGAUAAGUGCUGUUUUACUUUCACGUCUUUUAACGAGAUCUGACGGUGCUGAACAGCUUAAAAUGUACCUUUCUACAUGCUGUGAACUGUGGCCUGAAUGGGACCAUGGAAGGAAGCUAGGACACUUAAUGGCACUCAAGUUGAUCUUGAAACACUCGUCCAGCACGGCAGUGGCUGCUUUGGCACCGGAAAUCUAUGAAAAAAUUGUCCUUAUGGACUUGCUGGCGAUCAAGUUCCAUUUGGAUACGCUGAUUCCAAAUACUAAUAUCUUAUACAUUAUGGGGAUUCUUUCACGCCUAGCCAGAUUCUACCUAAUCCUGGCAGACUACCAGAAAGUGUCUGGGAUUGUGAAUAAUCUUAUUAACGAUAUCCUCAACCCGUUAUCCAGUCGGUUUGAUAUCACCCUAAGAGAAACCAUGGCCAAGUGUCUCAGUAAGAUUGUGUCUUUUCUUCGACUCAGAGCAGUCAAUUACGCCCAGCAACUCAUAUGGUUUAUUACCAAACAGCUUCGUAUUCCAGAAUUGGAGUCUCGUCCAACAUCAUAUAACCCAGAUCUUACUAUUGACUCGACGAACUUGUCUGUGACAAAGUACCAUACAGCGCUUCUUUUCUACGGCUUUUUGGGUCUCAACAGGGUACUUCAUGCUGAAUUUGUUCCUAUUCUUCUUUCACUAACCCAUAAGAUCAUCCAGGGCUCUCAAAUCAGAGACGCCUCGUGUUUCUGUCUCUGGGCAUUAUUCAGAUCACUCUCCCAAGAUGACUUUAAAGUGCUUUUAACUAACAAAUCAAUGGUGCAUGAUACUUGGGCAGAUAUACUUCGGGUGCUUCUUUGUGACGAGGAUUAUACUAUUCGUCGUUGUGCAUUGCCUGUUCUUCAAGAGUUCAUAGGCCGUUUUGGUCCUUUAUUGGCACUGAGCGUGGAAAGCAGCGAACAGCAAAGAAGGCUUUUGGUGGAACGUACAACACUUCUUUUGGAUUCAGAUAAGGCUCUCACAGGUACAGAUCUUGUUAAGUGUGGGUACUCAGCACUGCUUAUGGUUCCUACGCUUGUAGAUGUUCUAUCGUCUAAAGAGGUUUCGUUUGGGUACUACUAUAGGUGUUCGAGCUUGUUGGUUGAGUUAAUUGAAGCUGAACUGAAUGGGGAUGGUUUUACGGUUGGUUUAGAUGUUUCUCAAGAUGGACUGGAGUACCAGGCGGUUCUUUACGAAAGCUUACAAGCUGGAAACUUGCUUUGUUUGUUGCCGCUAGGAGGGCUCUUAAGAAGUCGUAAACUAGACAUUCAACCAUUUCUGCUUCGUCUAGAUACGAACCUGGUGCUUUCUCACCAUUCAGAGUUUGGCCAUAAAGUGUGUCACUUGUACUGGUACAGUUCACGGUUGGCUGCUGACGAAGGAGAUAUAGAAGCUCAGGAAGCGUUCUGGGCCUUGUUGGUUCCAGUAAUUACCAAUGAGAGUUCCCUAAAAGGUGACUUUAAACCGGUUGUAUUGACGUCUACAGACAUCUCCAGCAGCAUACCCAUUCUAGGCGAAGUCUUUGAGGAUAUUCGUAAACGAGUCAAGCUUGGAAGCGUUCUUAUAGCCCGCCAGCUUCCCUGGAAGAACCUCAAUGAGCCCCAACUACAGCAAAUGAUGCUUUUAGUUUCUGAUAAGACCGUGGACGCCGAAACCCGAGCAGCUCUAAUCGAAAACAAUCCAAGAUUAACCGCCAACGGAACCACAUUCACCUACAAACCCGAAUUUCCCUUCUUGGAUCUUCUUGAUGACUAUACAUUAACUAAUAAAGGUGAUGUGGGACUGCAAAUCAGGUUUGCGUGUCUCAGGCACUUCCAAGACCACCAAGGCCCAAUUGACGACUCUGUCAAGUACAAAUUGGUCCGUCUUGCUGCUGAAUCCAUGGACAGCGUCAGAUCCAUGGCAUUUAGUCUUUUGACUGGAGAAACGUACGAAUCAGUGAGACCUAUCACUUAUGAAGAGUAUUUCCAUAAACUCUUCACUUUCUAUGGAAACCUACCUGAGCAGCAUCGCCCUGCGUUCUGGGAAGGCGUGGUUCAUUCUGUGGCUGGGUUAAAAGUCUCUAAAGCCUUGGCAAACCUGGCUUUCAGGCAGUUACUCAUCUGGUAUGACUCUGCUUUAGACUCAGACCGCCAGGAAAUGAUUUCCAUCCUACUUCGCCAACUUAAGCUUGCCAAGCCUUUCCCACAAUUGGAUCAGCGGACCCAGAAAACGUUACUUGCCACUUUAAACUUGUUUGUUAAGCUUUUCGAUGCAUCUUUAGCCUUCCCAGACCAAUGGAACCCUAAUGCCCUUUUCGUCCGUGCUUAUAACCUCCAGCUCAAUGCUCCAGCGAUGAGAACUGCCUUGGUGCUUCAAAUCUUCCACUAUUUGAGUGUUUUGCCCAGCGAAGUGACGUCCAAGGCCAGACAGAGAGUUUGUCAGAUCUACCUCCAGGCUAAAACACCCCAAAUACGUCGUUUGGCACAAGAAACACUCUUUGAAAUCGUCAACGACUUGGCACCAUCCAACAAAACCCUCCUUGACUUCACAGAGCCAUCCUACAAACUUACACCCAAAGAUUGCAAAGUAUUAGAGACCCAGCUCAUGUGUAUUUAA